CACGAGUGAUUAGAAGCAUAUGGAGUCCAUUAACAACACUAGAUUACUCCAUCAGGAUUACACUACCUUUUUAUUAACAGUAGCCCAGACCACGGAUAAAACACUGAAUUACAACCGUAUGUUCAGAGCAGCGAUUAAAGAAUAACCCUUUUAUAAUCUAUGCUUAAUGGUUAUUACUGAAGAUGAUGUGUCUUUAUACUUCUCCAAUCCCAGGAUUUAUAUCAUGGCAGAGAAUAAUAUUUUUGGCAGCAAAGUUAUGCUUUUCAUUACCCCCAAAAAUAGAGAUCUGACGGGAUGUUAAAGGCAUGAAUUAAUACAUAUCCUUAAAUUUAAAUCAAUACAUAUACUAGAAUUUAUUCUAUUUUUAUAUUUUAUUCAUUAAUAAAUAAAUGAUUAAAUAACGUAUUGUAUAUAAUAUAUUUUUUUAAUUUAUUCUAAUUAUUUUUUUAGCAUUUAUUUUUGUGCUCUAAUGAACAUGGGAUGAAUGUAAAUAGUAAAACAACAGCAACAACAACAACAAAAAUAAUACUAAUAUUGGUAAAAGAGAUAUGAAUCGAUGUUCUAAAUGCUAUUUAAUCUGCUAUUAAAAUAUCCAACAUAUGUUUUUUAUUCAUUGAGUGACUAAUCUGUCAUAUACAACCCUCUUAAAUGAUUAUAAACUGCCAGCCAGGGUGGAGAAAAGCCAGUGUGCUCUUAGACAAAAUAAACAAAUGAAAUACAUCUACACAUAAUAUAUUAAAAGAGAACAUAAAAUACUCAAAUAAAUGGAAAACAACUUAAUUAUUAAGUAGUUGCGUGUGCUUUUUCGACAGGCAUUUUUCCGGACUGCUAAAUGUAAGACAAAGAAGGACCCUAGCAGGAAGAGUUUCAGUGAUGGCGUCUCGUCGCACACUGAAAGCAGUUCUCAUUGAUCUGAGUGGGACUCUUCAUAUCGAGGAUGCUGCAGUUCCUGGGGCGCAGGAGGCGUUAGCCCGAUUAAGACAGGCUCCAGUCGCAGUAAAAUUUGUGACCAACACCACAAAGGAAUGUAAGAGGACCCUGUUUGAGCGACUGCGUCGGUUAAACUUUGACCUCCAGGAGCAGGAUAUCUUCACAUCACUCACUGCAGCCCGUAAUCUAUUGGAGCAGAGAGCAGUGCGCCCCCUACUGCUGGUGGAGGAUAGCGCUCUAGAGGACUUCACAGGUUUGGAAACUUCAGAUCCUAAUGCUGUUGUGAUUGGAUUAGCACCUGACCACUUCAACUACCAGACACUCAAUAAAGCCUUCCGACUCAUUUUAGAUGGUGCCCCCCUCAUUGCCGUCCAUAAAGCACGAUACUAUAAAAGGAAGGAUGGGUUGGCUUUGGGACCGGGUCCGUUUGUGACGGGUCUUGAGUACGCGACUGACACCCAGGCCACAGUGGUGGGUAAACCAGAGAAAGCCUUCUUCCUGGAGGCCUUACGAGACCUGAACUGCUCACCCGAGGAGGCUGUGAUGAUAGGAGACGAUGCCAGAGAUGAUGUUGGUGGGGCACAGAAUGCAGGAAUGCUGGGAAUUUUAGUGAAAACUGGUAAAUACAGACCUGGUGAUGAGGGUAAAAUUAACCCGUCACCUCACCUGACGUGUGACAGCUUUCCAGAGGCUGUCAAUCAUAUACUUGAAAAUCUCUUAGGAUCUAAAUAACUGGAAAACUGACAAAAAAGAAAAAGUAAUAUUGGUACUGUGUAGUUUGAUUAUCGUUUAACUGUCCCUUAUAAUGUCGCUGCACUCCCUAUGCAUUUAUUCUGAUGUACUGUACUUAAAAUAAAUAAAAUCAAAACAAAACAUGAAC